UCAUCGACACGCGCAGCAGCCGUUGGGAAAGAGGUCAACGGUCCAUUGUUGACCGUCGUGCCUUCUGGACUUGCAACCCGAGCCGACCUUGCACCCAAGACCCAUCCUCCAAUAAUUUUUACUUACAUUCAUUCCGACCGUGUACAACUCUACACAAGUAGAGAGCAGCUGUCACCAAACUGCGACCAGUUUGUCGCUUGCACUGCGGCAAGCCCGCUUCUUAGGACCUAACGGCUGCAUUUUAUUGUGAUGAGACGAGCAGCAGGUUACGGUGGCGAUGGAGGCGACGGUCGCCGCGAGGUUGCUCCUCCGCUCCCGAAUUUACCUGGGCACAACUUGGGCCGGAACCUAGCGGACACCAUCGCGCCGCGGCCAAAGAACGCCACUCUGCGCUAUAUCAAUGGCUACGCAAUCGUCGAGGACGUGGCGCAGACGCAGGACCCGCUCAACCGAGCCUACAAGUGGGGCGGCCGCGUGCCCGACGCAGGCCCCAUCGCGCCCUUCGCGCUACACAAUGAGCCUGGUGCGCAGCCGGGGCAGUCGCAACCGCCAUCGCGGGGUCAGCAGCAGGCCGCGACUUCGGAGCCAGGCUUCAGCGGCCGCACGGGGGGCCGGGUACCCAACUGGAUCGCCUAUGACCGCAAGGUCCUGGGCUUCAGCGGCUACUUCCGUGAGGAGGUGCCCAACAGCGCACUGGAGACGUGGCGCGUGCGGCGGGUGGCCAUCCGGUACUACAUGGAAAACGACACGGUAGAAAUUGUGGAGAUGCGCGAGGCCAACUCCGGCCUGCCGCAGGGCACGCUGCUAAAACGGCACAACGCGCUGCAAGACAGCGGCGCCCCGCUGCGCUGGCCCGACCUGCGGGUGGGCAGUGCCGUGACGCUGUACAAGCGCACCUACUACAUCGUGUCGGCAGACGCCGGCACCCGGGCCUUCUACGCAGAGCGGGGACAGGAGCAGCCGCCCGAUGAGGCACUGCCGGAGGGGCCCUUCGACCAGCGCCGCAAGGCCCAGGAGGCCGCCGCAGCCGCCGCCCGCGCCCGGCCCCCCACGCGCGGCGGCGUGCCUGGCGCCACCACCACCGCGGCGCCCGGCGGCGGCCCGCCACUGCCGCACGACGCCGCCGACGACUUGUACAUUGAGCCGCGGGGCCCCGGCGCCGUGUUCGAGGUGUGCGCCACCCGGCGGGAGGCGGAGAUGGAGACGCGCGACAACGCCGUGCUGCGCUUCCUGGCCAGCUGGGACAACACGGCGGUCACGUUCGGCGAGGUGCUGUGCUUCUCGCUGUUCUACUACGUGGCCGACGGCACGGUGGAGGUGCGCGAGGUGCUGCAGCGCAACAGCGGCCGCGACCCCUUCCCGCUGCUGCUGGCACGGGGGCGCCUGCCCAAGACGCUGCCGCCCGUAUUCGGGCGGCCCAUGUCGCCCCGCAGCCGCGCCGCGCUGCAGCUGCAGUACUACGACUGGCGGGACCUCAAGCUGGGCGCCAAGGUCAACUGCUACGGCCGGCCGCUGCUGCUGUACGACUGCGACGAGGCCACGCGCGUGUGGCUGCGACGCCACGUGCCCGGCAUCCAGGAGUCCGACCUGCAGCCCAUCGCGGUGGACUUCGACCCCAACGGCCCCAAGCGGCCGCCGCUGGCCAUCCCGCCGCACACGUCCGGCUUCGGCAGCGAGGAAGACAGCCUGCAGAACGUGCUGCACCUCAUCCCGCGGCCGCCGCCGCGCCACUACAGCGACUACCUGGAGAACUGGAACAAGGUGCUCCGCUUCGAGGCGCGCAUGGUGCCGCUGGGCCCGGGCCGGCCGCUGGUGGGGCCGCACGACGCCGAGCGCAGGUUCAUCAUCUGCUUCCACCUGCUGGACCGCACGCUGUCCAUCUGGGAGCCGCGACGCGACAACAGCGGCAUGGAGGACGGCCGGACCUUUCUGGAGCGGACCAAAGUGCGCAACCCCGCCAGUGCAGCCCCGGGAGGGGCCAACUUCAGCGAGACGGACAUGCAGGUGGGCGCGGUGCUGGAGGUGUUUGGCCGCGGCUUCCAGUUGCUGGAGGCGGACGCCUACAGCCUGCGCUACCAGGAGAAGGAGGCCGCGACCUUCCCCUGGGCCGACUACGACAAGGUGCUGGCCAAGCUGCAGGCCUGGCUGUCGCUGUACCCCGACCAGCUGCCCGAGCGCCUGAGUGCCGACCUGCUGGCGGCCGGCGGCGCGGACGGCAGCGGCUACAUCCCCAAACACAAGCUCUACUCGCUGCUGUCCGCGCUGGGCUCCGACCUCAGCCCGCACGAGGUCAUCACGCUGUGCCGCCAGCUGGGAGCAGACCGGCAGGGCCUGCUGGCCUCUCAGCUGCUGGUGGCGCUGGGGCUGAUGGACCCGCCGCCGCCGCCCGAGCCCGCACCCGAGCCCCAGCCCCACGAGGCGGCGGCUUAUCAACAGCAGCAGCAGCAGCCCGCGGUGCCCUUCCCAGCCCAGGAGCCCGCCGCCGCCGCCUCAGCCGCGGCCCCGGGGCGUGUGGCGUGGGCGCCGCACCCCUCCGCGCCGGCAGCGCGCGCCCCGCCCGCCGCGCCGCCGCCGCCCGACACGUACCGUGGCCUGGGCCCCGCCCCCGGCCACCCGCGUGUUGACAUGCCGCCUGUGCCGUACCACCACCUUGGCACCGGCGGCGGCGGCGGCUUCCCUCAGCAGCAGGCGCCGCACCACGCCUGGGCGGACGACCGACGACACGUGCGUGACACGUACGACCGGCCUGGCAGCGCCGCCAGCGGGGCCAGUGGCGGCAAGUCUGUGGGUGGGAGCAUUCACAGCGGCCUUCACCAGCCCGCCAGCCUGUGGCAGACCACAAACAGCGCCAUCGGCGGCGUGAACCACGCGGGCUCCUACCGGAAGCGUUGAGGUGGUUUUCGUGUGGGUUGGUGUGAGGGAGACUGAGUGGAGAGGGUGCCAGACGGAUUUGUACUGCCAUACGUCAUAGACGACUGGCUGGCUGUCUGUAGCUCCGGAUAGAGCAAUGGUUGUAUAACACGGACAGCAGCAAACCAAGUGAUGGAAACGUGUGUUGGAAAGUACGUUGUCCAUGCGGAUGUAACUUCAGGGCCUCAAGGCCUCACGAUUUAUCCAUUGUAGGCUGUCCGUGCCGACCCUCCGGCCUGGGCUCCUCCAGGCUCAAGCCGUGCUUGUGGGUUUCAUCGCGCGUGUAAAGUUGUACCUUU